GCAAGACAAGCAAACACCCUUCCCUGGUACAGCUCUUACAAGACACUCUUAGCGCAAGACAAGCAAACACCCUUCCCAAGACCGCGGUCAUGGUGACAGGAACAGCCGCCAUGGCUCUGAAGAAAAUGCCGCCAAAGAAGCCUUACCACCAAAAGGCUUCGAAAACUAAGGCAUGCUACAACUGCCAUCGGAAACGUCUUCGCUGUGACAAGUCGCUGCCUGCCUGUCUCAAGUGCUCCAUCAACGGCGAGGAAUGUCUUGGCUACGGCAUCGUCCUGCGUUGGGCCGCCUGUAAUUCACCAACCUCCACCAUAACCACCAGGACCACUAACAAGACCAACUUCAACGGCACCAACACCACCACACCACGAACCGUCAAAUCAUCUACGCCAACACAAGCUCCAACACCAAGCGACAGCCCUCGACAACUUGAUACCGAUGUCACUAGUAGCUCAGCACCCAGCCACACUUGUAGUAGGAGUACUACCACGUCUACCACAACCACCCGCAUCUCAUCUCCAACCCUAGAGGAAACCAUCGACAGCUUCACAGUGGAGACACCAAUCGAUAACAAUGUCGACCCUCUACCGCGAGCACCAGAUGAUAACCCAGAUCCAAGCUCACAAAUUAUCAAGCGCCCCGUCAACCUCAUCAAGAUUCCAUUAACAGAUCCACUCCUCAACGGUCUCUCAACCAAGGCAAGAUGGUACAUGCAUCAUUUUGCCACCAUUGUCUGUCGAGACCUGGUCUCAAUUGACCAGAAGGAACGGAAUCCAUUCCGGGCCAUCAUCCCUUUGGUUCGCAAGUUUGACUACCUCCAGUCGGUCGUCUUAGCAACGGCAGCCAUGCACUUAUCUACGAUUCACAAGUACCAAGGUCGAAGUCUACCGUCGGAGUCCGCCCUAGUAGACGCACUGAUGCUCAAGUCCCGGGCACUUCACCUUCUUCGCGCCGCCAUCAAUGACAACACCCUCACGGACAAGGCCAUGAUUCUUUCCGCCAUCGUCUUCCUUGUCAAUCUUGAUCUCAUCGACUCCGGCCGAGGAGGCUGGAAAGCCCAUGUUGGAGCCGCCCGGCGUCUGAUAUCAUCCCUAUACCUGACCAAGGCUCACCUUGACGGGGCCAUCGCCCCCUUAGUCAACGCCAUCGCCGCCGACUGUCUUACCUAUCGCAUAUACGGCUCAACCAUCAGCGGCAACACUUCGUCGUGGUCGGACAAUACCAUCGAUGACGGGGUCGUGUUGCCGUACAUUUUGCAGAACGCCGAGGCCUACAGCUACCAUUGCGCACCACCGGCUAUCCUCCAAAUUAUUCUCUCUGCAAGCCAACUCUGUAGCGGCAGCUCCACGACGCUGGAAACAGAUGGAGGGGCGGGGAGGAUUGUCACCGCGGCGGCGUUGCUUCACAAGGCGCGCAACUUUGACGUGCAGACAUGGGUGUACAAUAUCAAGGGACUGCCACCGGAUGACGACCUGGAAGCGCGGGUAAGCGUGGCGUCAGCACACCGCGCGGCAGCCUGUCUGUUCGUCUUGUUGUCGGUUCCCGAGACUGGAUUGCUCGAGAUACCUCUGCUAGAGCCCAAGGAUCUGGUGCAGGAAAUUCUUGGACAUUUGUCCUGCAUCCCAGAUAAUCACGUCCACUUGAAAGGAACGGUAUGGCCGACUUUUGUUGUUGGCGCAGAGACGGACGAUUUGAGUGAGAGGGCUUGGUGCCUGGAGCGGUUGGUGGCGGUUUGGACAAAGAAUCCUUGGACGUAUCCGUGGGGAUACGUGCACACGGCGAUGGAGAUGUUGCAGGAAAUUUGGAGGUUGAAGGAUUUGGCAGCGCAGCAGGGCGAUGAUGGAAUCAACUGGUUGCAGAGGUUAAAAGCGACUGAGAAUAGUUGCUUGAUUGUAUAGCUGGGUAUAUAUGCACGUACAUUGGUAGGGAUCACCUGACAAGGAAAGUCUUCUUCAAAAGGACCCCCCCCCCCCUCUACCCUCCCCCUUCCCCUUCUUCUCCUCCUCCUCUCCUAAAAAAAAUAAAAAAAAAAUAAAAAAUGUAAACAUAGGAAAAGAAAAGGGGCCGUGGAACAUCGGAAAAAAAAAAAAAA